AAACAUGUUUGUGCAGUUCAAUUUGUUUUUAAACUACUUUUAUUACAUCUGAAGCCGACGGUUCCUGAUAUCGGCCAGGAAUACAGGGGGGUGACAUGAUAGCAGCAGUGCAGUAAUUGUGGUGUACCUUUAGGUAAUAUAUCUGUGUGGGUAAUGAUAGGUGAUGUUUAUCACCUUAGUCAUUCAUUUUUAAAUAAAUUCCUUAAUAAAGAUUAUAGGUUUUAAUACCAGUAUAUACAUUUAUUAUUCGAUAGCAGAUAUUUCAUGCUGUAAUUUUACAGCUUAUUACAAGCGAUAGGUGUAAGAGUGCUUAAUAUCCCCUCUAUACUCUCCCAUUUCCUUUUCCUAUUUUUAAAAUUACAGAAUAGCCUGAGUCUAUUCUUGAUACAGGUAUAUCAGUAGUCAGUUUGUAUCAGAGAUGAAAUACACAGAACAUUCAUUGACUUUUAAAAAUAAUCUAAGGAGUUAAUGCACUUGGGCUAUUCUGUUAUCAAUAAGAGGAGUGUCCUUUACAGUUUUCACCUCUCAUUUCCUUAUAAAAGAAAAUUGAUCAUUUGCUGUGCGUGUAGAGAAUCAGAUUAGACUAAGCAUGAGAGCAGACAUGGACGAUCUUUGUUCUCAAGGGUUCACGCUGCUAGGGGUACUGACUUUCUGCUACUUGAUUGUAAGCCAAGGAUGGAAGUUGUUGCACGGAUUCAGGAUACACAUCGUCUCUAGAUGGUGGAAACCUAAUCUCAAAAAGUAUGGUGAUUGGGCAGUUGUAACAGGCGCAACAGAUGGCAUUGGAAAAGCUUAUGCCGAGGAGUUGGCCAGAAGGGGAUUAAAUAUUGUUCUCAUCAGUCGGACUCUGGAGAAGCUGCAGAAGGUAUCAAAAGAAAUAGAAAAGCAGAGUGGACGUAAAACCAAAGUAAUCCAGGUGGAUUUUACUAAAGGAUCUGAGAUCUACAAACCAAUUGAAGAAGGGCUCAAGGGCUUGGACAUAGGAAUUCUUGUAAACAAUGUGGGCAUGGCGACUGGUAGCAGAAUACAAUUCCUCAGUAUCCCUGAUUUAAAGCAGCAAUUAGCAGACAUCAUCAACUGCAACAUAACAUCAGUAGUACAGAUGACUCGAAUUGUGCUUCCAAAAAUGGUGGAGAAAAAGAAAGGUCUGAUUAUAAACGUCUCUUCUGAAGCUGGCACCCGUCCUUACCCAAUGCUGACUGUAUAUAGUGCUACCAAGGUCUUUGUUGAUUACUUUUCCCGUGGUAUCCAUGCUGAAUAUAAAUCCAAAGGAAUCACAGUGCAGUGUGUAAUGCCUCUCAUGGUUUCCACUAACAUGACUAAAAGGAUUAAAACGAAUCUGCUCGUCAAGUCAGCAGACAGCUAUGCUAAAGAAGCUCUGAACACUGCAGAAUUAACCAUUCGCACCUCUGGUUGUCUGUCUCACUCUAUCCAGAGCUAUAUACUGAGUCUCAUUUUGUCGGAAGGUAUAAUCGCUUCCUAUUUUUGUGCUCCCCUUAUUGGGAUCAUGUUUGGUGCAAUUGAAAAGCAAAUGAAAGCAACGAAAGAAGAACAAAAAGGAAGCAAAAAGGAAAAAUAAGAAGAUGACAACAAUUUACGCUAUGCUUAGUUCAGGGACACUACAAACUUUAUGAACUAUUCUCUACCCAGAUCACUCCCAUCUCUGUAAUACCCAGAAUAGAUACACAACUAAACAAACCACCUAGAACCUUGCUCCUCAGUUCUGGCAUUCAUACUUUAAUAGGUCUGAAAUAAUGCAUGCAAUAUUCUGAUUCUGAUCAACUUGGAAAUCUACAAUGUGCCAAACCAGAUCAUUUGCUUUAUGUGUUUAUAGACAUCUUGUAUAGUUUACACUUAUUUCUGAAGGUGUUUUAAUAAUUUUUAUAUUCCCCAGAAUGCCUAGCUGUCCUAGUAUCUGUGUGAAUAUAUAACUGAUUGACAUGGCACUAAUAUUCAGAUUAUGAUAUUAUAUAUAUAUAUAUAUAUAUAUAUAUAUGUGUAUGUAGGUAUGUAUAUAAAAUAAAAUAUUAUUUACUAGAUUUGCAUUAUGUACUCAAAACUUUAAGGGCCAGAUUACAAGUGGUGCUCUAACGGUUAAACGCAAGCUAAAAGGAGUUUAUCACGGGUGUUUGUGCGCGUGAGGUUUAGUGCUCUUAUUACAAGUUGAAAGUAAAUGUUAUCGCUUGAGUACAAUAGCAAUUUACGCUAGAGUGAUCACUGCGUCCUCAGAGCUCUGGUUAACUGUUUGCAAAACAAAAAAGUGUUGUGUCACAAAACACAUCAAAAAUACAUUUAAAAGUACAAUUACACUCAUAAUAUAUCAUAUAUACUGUACAUCUAUACCUAUACAUAAUCCUCUCUCUAUAUAUAUAUAUAUAUAUAUAUUUCUGUAUAUAUAUAUAUAUAUAUAUAUAUAUAUAUAUAUAUAUAUAUAGUACCAGAAUAUCAUCAGAUAUAUGUAUAGAUAUGUAUUAAAGAAUAAAUAGAACAUAUUCUUCCAUUCUUUACUUUUUUGCUCUAUUGACUUCUAUGGGGGAUUACGUUAAUGUGAUAUGAGCAAAGAGCUUACUUUUAGUGGAGUUAGAGCGGGGGUGUAAAAUAAUCUGGCCCUAAAUGUUUAUACUCAGUCAUUAUACUUGUGUGUUGGGUUAUAGAUAUAUUAGUCUUUAAAUGAAUAAAUAUACUGAUGUCAUAGCUUUUAUUCUAACAUACAAUGGCUCAUUUUAAUUUUGCAGGAUGUAUAUUGACUAAAAAUAAUCUUCAUUUUCUUUAGUUGCUUGUUUCAAGGUCCCUGGUAUAGAUCAACAUUAUAAUUAUUGUUCAUUGAUAAAAUAAAUCAACAGCAUAACUCCUGAUACUAUAAAAAUGUUUCUACAUAAAUGGUUACUGUAUCACCUGACCUGUCUCACUUUCUACGAAUAAAUACUUUUUUUACUGUA